AUGACGUCCGCCAAUUCAGAUACCGAGCUUUUGACUGAGCAUUUCGGAUAUCCACCUGUCAGUCUGAUCGACGACAUAAUUAACAGCAUAAACAUCCUCGCCGAGCGCGCCCUAAACAGCGUCGAGCAGGGCCUCCUUAAUGCACCCCCAGCAACCCUCGGCUUCAAGCCCCCCAAAGCAACCCGGGGCAACGGAGGCGAUGCGCAGAAACAGGCAAUCGACCCGGCCGAGGCGGCCAAGAACGAGGUAGAGUCAGGCACACACCAGCUCGAGACGCUUCUGUGCGCCAGCAUCGACCGCAACUUCGACAAGUUCGAGAUCUACGUGCUGCGCAACAUCCUAUGCGUGCGUCCCUUCGACGUGAUGCACUGGAUGCGACUAUCCCACUACGACGGCCUAGACUUAUCAUCCAUCACAUCCACAAACUCCCAAUCAAACACCCCAACCCUCGACACAAUAAACCACCUCCGGCGCAAGCUCCGCGAAAGCAUGCGUCUGAACGCCCUCCUAACCGCCGAGCGCGCCCGCAACGAGUCCCUUCUCAACGAGCUGCAAUCCCUAAUCGGGCUCUCGCCCCCCGUCAAAACCGAGAAGCCAUCUCCGACACACCCCCAACCCCCACCCCCGACCAAAAGCCCCUUCGCCUUCCUCCACGACCGCGGGUCCCUCACAGACGGGGGCUCCGAAGCCCCGCUCAGCACCACCACCGCAUUCACACUAUCCCAAAUGCAAGCCCUCCGCGCGCUCUCCGCUUCCCUGCGGAACCUGGCGCCGGAUCUAGCACCACCACCACCUGAUUCUACCAGCGACCCCGAAGCCAUGGACGUCGACGACAACGGCGCUGCUAAGAGCAGCGAGCGGAAGACGUGGCGGCGCGAACGCUUGGAGUACGUCGAGGGCGCGACGAGGCGGUACCUGGAGAAUGUAGAGGGACUGGAGCUGGGGAAGCAUGGGGAGGUGCGGGAUGGGGAGUGGCAGGGCGAAGGGCGCGGGCUUGCUAGAGACGAGGUCGGUGGUUUGGAGUCUGUUAUUACACUGCUUGGUGGUGAGGCUGGGGGGAGUGGACCUGCGGGACCGUCGACGACGAUGACAGGGGAUCGGAUGGAUGAGUCGUGA